CGAUUUCGAACUACACAUUCACUUCCGGCAAAUCUAAGUGAACUUGAACUGUGUGUCUCUUCAGUCGCAUUUCCUUACAAAAUGACGAAAUCAAAGUCUAAAAGUAAGAAAGCUGACAAACAGAAGGAUUCCGCCGCGUCUGUUAGCUCCGGGAAAACAGGGACUCCGACGACAGGCGAAGCCAAUCCGCCUCCUCCCUCGCCUAGUCCCGUCGCCGUGGGCACAAAAAACGUGCCAAAAGUAUGGUUUCAAACCGAAAUACAGAGUAUGAUGUAUGCAUUCGGUGACUGUAGAAGACCUUCUCCAGAAUCUGCAGCUAUUAUUGAGGAGAUUGUCCAUCAACAAAUUGCUAGCCUGAUUGUGCGUGCUGCUGAGGUGACCAACAUGCGAGGAGGGAGAUUCAUGAGUAUCGAGGACAUCAUAUUUCUAAUGCGGAGAGACAAGGACAAGCUGAAACGGUUAAUAAAGUAUCUAAGUUUCAAAGACAUGAAAAGCAAGACACAGAAGCAGGUAUCUCAGGAUGAAGAUGAUGUCCUGGAUAAUGCAGCUACGGAACUAAAAGGAAGUAAGAGGAGAAAGAUUUCUUAUGACUUUCUGAGCUCAAUCGAUCACACAGGUGAUUUAGUUUCCCUUUUUGAUGAUGAGGAUAUUGAUGAAGUCAAGCAGGAGAGAAACGAGCGCGCCGAGAGGUUUGCAAGAACUCUUGACCAUCAGCAAUACCUCGACUUCGUGGAGUGCAGACAAGCAAACUUUAACAAAAAGGCCGGGAAGUUUAAGGAGUGGCUGGACUGCAAUUCACUGAUCGACAUGAAACCCAACACCCCCGUAAUGGAAGUGUUCAGCUACUUGGCAUACGAGACGGUUGCUCAGGUCGUGGAUCUUGCGUUGCUUGUCAAGAAGGAUUCGAAAGGAGGGGACAUGCUAUGCAUGGCCAUGCCCCCUGUCUCUAGUCAGGACGAGUUACUCCUUACCUCUGCCGCUAGCAGCCCCAGCCACACCCCACCAGGUACCCCAACCACACCCACCACGUCGACGGUCUCCUUUCUCCCUAGUCCCACUCCCAGCUCGUCAAGUCAAGGCACGUCCAGCACAUCCAAGUCAAAGAAGAAGAGGAAAUCAAAGAGUUCCGCCUCGACUGUAGUCGAAACAAGUGCCGACUGCAUCCAGCCUUGGCACAUCAGAGAGGCGGUACGACGGUACAAUCACUAUAUGGGACCCAUGGCCCCUUAUUCGCCCUUCUUCAAACCAACAGCCGCUCAUCGAACAAUGUGCUGCUAGCACGUGAUCUUACACGCCUGUGACGUUACAAGGUACUCCUGGUAACACGUAACCUAACACCUGUGACGUCAAAUGUACUUCUGCACACACGUGGCCUAACGCCUGUGACGUCACAUAGCACGUGACCCAACACGCCUUUGACAUUCGUAUGACGAUGAAAUAUUGGUUGGUUCUUCUGUUAGGAAGAGUUGAGAGAAUUGUACAGAAGUUGUGCAUUUAAAUUUUGUAAAUAUGUUAUAAAAAUGUAAUGAACGACUGCUUA